CGGGGACGUGCACUCACUCGGCGGGCCAUGGAGGCGGCUCGGCGGGGGCCGCGGGCGGGGGUCGGGAGCCGCGCGUUGCUUCUGGCCUUGCUGCUGCACGGGGCGAUGGGGGCGGAGGCGGAGGAGCCUCGGCCGCCGCGACAGCGCGGGGACGAGCAGUGCCACUACUACGCGGGGGGACAGGUCUACCCCGGGGAGGCGGCCAGAGUGCCCGUCACCGACCACUCGCUGCACCUCAGCCAGGCCAAGAUCUCGAAGCCAGCGCCUUACUGGGAAGGAACAGCAGUCAUUAAUGGAGAGUUUAAAGAGCUGAAACUAACAGAUUAUGAAGGAAAAUAUCUUGUCUUCUUCUUCUAUCCUCUUGACUUCACAUUUGUAUGUCCAACCGAAAUAAUCGCCUUCAGUGACAGAAUUGAGGAAUUCAGAGCCAUAAAUACCGAAGUAGUAGCAUGUUCCGUGGACUCCAAGUUCACUCACUUAGCAUGGAUUAAUACUCCUCGAAAACAAGGAGGACUCGGACCAAUGAAGAUUCCACUUCUUUCAGAUUUAACACACCAGAUUUCCAAGGACUAUGGUGUAUAUCUGGAAGAUCAAGGACACACACUUAGAGGCCUUUUCAUAAUUGACGAUAAGAGAAUCCUUCGACAGAUCACCAUGAACGACCUUCCUGUGGGGAGAUCAGUGGACGAAACGCUGCGUUUGGUACAAGCAUUCCAGUACACAGACAAACAUGGAGAAGUUUGCCCUGCUGGUUGGAAACCUGGCAGUGAAACAGUAAGUCACUGUUCAUAUUUAAAUGCAUAUCCUAUUAGGAAACACCAAGAUAAUUUCCUCUAAAGUCAAAUCCAGAAUCUUUGCAACUCUGAAGAAGAUGAUAGGAAUCAGUUCACAUUAUUGUAGUUAAAGCUUGAGUGGAAGUUGAAAGGUUAAGAUUAAGUUGAUUCUGUCCUGUCUUCUCAGUUAUAUGGCCAUGUAAAUUCUUGGUUCUGUGGAUCCUAGGCACUGCCAUGAAAAAGGAUGCGAGUUCACAAUCUGCUUUAGAAUCUGGUAGAGCCAGUGUGCCACUAUCACAUCUCCAGCAGAGAGCACUGCUUUGUUACACAAAAGCUCUUGUGCAUUUGUUGAUACUCACCCACGUGUUAACAUAAGCAGAAGAGCUGGGGUUCAGAUGAACACCCAUUGAACUUGUUUGUGUUCUCUGGGCUUGGAUCAAGCUUCAGCAGGAUAAUGAAGCUUUUACUAGAGGACUGAGCUGCUUAGGUCACAUGAGAUCACUGUGGUUAAUUUGAGAAUGUGGCUUUCUUUUCAACCAUUUGGUGAUGACCGAGCACUGUUGCUUAAGAGCUGUCUCAACUGAAGGCGGGUCCCAGUAGCCUGUAAAUACGGAGAGUAGUGAGCAUUUUUAACUGAUAAUAAAAACAGAGGAAUGUUUCUUUACUGCAUGUGAAAAUCUUCAUUGAUGACUGCAGUCUAUGAGUCACCUCUUUGCAGCUAGCAGAGGACAGUCUCAGUGGGUGCAGCUGGAUUUUAAAAUUGUAAGGUGAAGGAGGGCUGGCUGGUCUAACAGAAAGACACGUUCUGGCACUGCAGAGUUCUGCCUGCCCUAGCCACAGGUUACCUAAAUAAUACAACAUUAACAUAUUUUCUAAAGCCUAUCAAAAUGCUGAGAAUAGGUCCAGUAGUACUAUUUUAAAGCUGCCACAUAAGCAGUUGUCUUUCUCCUCUCUGCAAAAUAUGCAGAUAAUUUAAAUAGCAGGGUAGCUCAGAUACUUUCUCGAAGAUGUAGCCUUGCCUU